AAGUUUUUAUUAUUACGUAGAAAGUGUUCAGAUGCUCAGCAACUAAUAUUUAAAUAUUUGCAAAACUAAUAAAUUUCAAAGAUGAAUUUAGCAGGAUUGUUCAAAACAGUCGGAGUUGUUUUCGGAGGCAUACUUGUAGCCGGCGGUAUAGGAUUAAAGUGGGGAAUAUUCCCUAUAGUUGUUGAAAACAUGAUUUUGGAGCAGAUCAAGCUUUCUCCAGAUAAUACAGAGAUAUGGGAUACUUGGAUUGAGCCAACUGCUCAGCUUCCUGUUUACAUGAAAUUUACAUUUCUAAAUGUAACAAACCCUGAAGAAAUCAAGGACGGUGAGAAACCAAUAGUAAAUGAGGUAGGUCCGUUUGCAUAUAGAGAGGUGAGAAGGAAGGAUGGUGUCACAAUAAUGGAUGAUUCUAUUUCUUACGGAAGUUAUAUCAGUUACGAGCUAGAUGAGAAUGAGUCCUGUCCAUCCUGCACCGAAGAUACAAUGAUUACAGUUAUAAACCCAGCGCUAGCCGGAAUUGUAACUCUUAUAGAGGAUCUUGCAGGGGAUAUAGAAAUUGAUUUAGGUUAUGGACCUCAAACUGUGGCCUCCCUAAUUCUGAGUAUAAUUGAUGCGGCUAUAACUGAAAGACAUGGAGAAUACGAAGAUGACCUGUUUACUACUGAAACUGCAAAUAAGUUGAUAUUUGAAGGCUAUGAGCCUGGUGUAUUGAAGUUUGUUCUAUAUCUAGUUAAUGCCAUUGAAGAAACUCCAGAGGAAAUACUUUUCCCCGUUGAAGAUCUUCCGCCGAUUGAAAUCCCGGAUAUAAUAGCGGAUGGAAAAUUCGCCUUUUUCAAGGGUAAGAAUGGCACAGCAGAUAAUGGAUGGUACAAAAUUAAUUCUGGAAUUUAUGAUAUCAGCAAAUAUCAGAAGAUCCAGGAAUACAAUGGUUUAGAUCGUCUACCUGAAUCUUGGUGGGGAACCUUGGCCAGUACUCCUAGUGCUAACAGAUCUGGUGUUACUGGUUACUGCCAUGAGUUGGUUGGAACAGAUGGUACACAGUAUCCACCCUUUGUAUCAAUGGAUAAUGAUAUAUGGCUCUUCAGCUCUGAUCUGUGUAGAUCUAUCUAUUUAUCCUUCUAUGAAGAGCAUGAUAUGGACGGGAUCAACACUUAUCAAUUUAGGGUAAAGAAAGAAGUUCUGAGUUUUGAUAAUCCUGACAACGCGUGUUUCUGCCCCAAUGUUGAGGAAUGCGUAGAAGUGACUGAGGAUAAGGAAGAAUGGGAUUUUUCUAAUUGUACUCACUGUAAAAAUGGAAUGCUGAACCUAAUGGGCUGCCAGGGAGCUCCUGUUAUAAUCUCCUUACCUCACUUCCUUGAUGCAGAUCAAGAUGUUGUUGAUGCUAUUCAAGGCAUGAACCCGAACCCUGAUUUACACACAACCUUUCUGAACAUUGAACCUCUGACAGGAGUUUCACUAGACGCUCACAAGAGAAUUCAAGUAAAUGUUCCUCUGAAGCAAAAUGAUGCAAUGACCUUACUCAAGAAUGUGAGAGAGGCUAUUUUCCCUGUGGUUUGGGUAGAUGAAGGAGCAACCCUUGAUGGAGAGAACUUGGAUAAACUCAAGGCACAGCUGGUGACUCCUUUUAAAGCUGUUGAUAUCGGAGUUGGAUUUAUGAUUGGACUUGGAGCUAUAAUUAUUAUUGUUAUAUCUCUCAUUUCUCUUUUAUGCGGAAAAAAAUAAACUAAAUAGUUUCAAAAUUAAACAAAAGAAAUUCACCUGA